UUCUCAAGAGCUUAUCUCUGAUGAUCCACCUAUCAGAUGCUUUCUUCCUUGCGUUCAUAUAGUAUUAUGCAGAAGACGUCUGUGCAGAUUUCAGAUAAAGCUUUUACUGGUGAGUACGUAUAUCGGAGACGGCUUCUGA